AUGCAGGGGUUGGAAAUAUACCCCCAGGCAACCCGCAAUCGGGAGCGUCUGUACGCCUCUGUGCCUCUGGACCAUGCGAAGAAACAGUUCCGUCUCCUCAAAUUAUACAAGGAUCCCGACGGGAUCCGGCUUCGAGGGAGGCUCAUUGUUCAAUCCCUCGAUAGCCAGAAACCCUUUGAUGGGUUGUCUUACACCUGGGACGCGAGCUGGGGAUUAAACCACAUGGAACUCAACCAGCUGCCCGUGUGGAUACCGAAUACACUAUACCUCGCAUUAGAAAGUCUCCGCUACCAGUUUCGGACCCAGUCCACAAACAGCCGUUUCACAUCUGUGUUAUGGGUCGACUCGAUCUGCGUCAACCAAGACGACCCGGCCGAGAGAACCGCCCAGCUUGCCAUCUUGCCGGACAUACACUCGAGGUCCUCGAAUGUCUUGGUUUCUCUCGGCCUUCUCAAUACGGUAGAGGUCCUCCCAGUCAAAGCAAUAUGGGGGCACGCCGGCGCAGCUUGCCCUUUGGACCUCGAAGACAUCCAGCCCUCCGUGAAGGAACAAUCCACCGUUAUCGAGGACUUCAUUUGGAAAAACGCGCCGGCAUUCCGGGGACCAUGGAUUAUCCAACAAGUCGCACUCUCCCGGAAUGUCCCGUUAGUUUUCUACCGCCGAGUCAAGCCUGAGCCAUUCACUCUUUGCUGGGACUGUUUCUGCCAUGGGUUCCGCCGCCUUCGACGGGCUCUUUGGAAGAGAUCAAGCCCACAUUUAACACUGGAGAGGAAAACGAUCCGGAUUCGGAGAGUAGCCGACCGUCGACUUAUGAUGCAUCUGGACUACAUCGACUGCAUACGCCGGUUCAUUCGUGGGGCACGACCAGGGACCUUGACGCUCUUCGAAGAAGCGCUGCGGAUGGCGGCAACCGUGGUACAAGCCACGGACCCGAGGAACAAAGUGUACAGCUUGCUCCGUAUGUUUCCGCAAAGCGCAGGGAACAAUAUGGUCUUUAACUACAACCGCAGUGCGGCGACUGUCCUUGGUGACGCAGUCGAGUAUGCCAUUAACAACACGGGUUGUCUCGGAAUUCUCUCUGUGGCGGGGUUGGAAAACGCCCACCACGAUCCGUCGCUCUCGGGUUGCCCAUCCUGGGUGCCACGUUUUACGGCUCAACCCAUUCAGGGUGUCCCGACGUGGAAGCUUCCCCACCCCCGUCUUCACCGGGGGACAGCAUACAGAUCUUCACGAGACCUCCGAGUUCCGGAACAUGUCGAGGUUCUACAGGGCAGCCGGUUGGUGUUGUACGGGAUCCCCAUCGAUGCGGUGACCUUGGUCGGGCCCCUCCCCGACCCGGUCGACCAGUUGAAGCGUCGUUCUGCCAUCGCCCCGGCCAAGGUCUUCCUCAGCGCGGCCAAGACAUGUGGCCGUUGCUCACUUUGUCCAGAAGGUGUGAUCGAAGCCCGGCCCGCUCCAGGGUGGUGGGGCAGUGGUUCGGAGGCGGUGCCUACGGUUGUGUUCGCUUCCUGUUUCAACCCCGUUUACAGCCCCAACAUGGCACCGGUGCCACCAAAGCAAGCCAAGUGUCUUCCGGGUGACUUUGUCUAUUUGUAUCGGCACCACGUCACUUCGACGACCAGUUCCUGGACAACAACCUCGAUACAGCCCUGUAACACGUCCGGAUCGGACGUCCACCCUCAGUCGGCGGUGCCCUGGCACUACUCUGUCAACAAGCCGUUCGAAGAGGCCUUCUGGCGAGCUUUUGUUGCCGACUUUCUCCUCUGGAAGAAUAACCAGAAACUUUUCCCCUUCCAGGCCCCACCCCCUGAAGAUGCCCGCGACUGGAUCCUGCACGCCCUUCACAAAAACACACCGGGGCAGCUGGUGGGCAACAUCCACAACGUACUGUGGGGUGGGCCGGGUGGGCACGUGGACAGGCUUACUCCGGAUGGUUGGUCUCUCGUGUAUCACUCCAUGGAUAGUGUUGUCGCCGGGUGUCCUUUUGUCACUGCUGGUGGGUGGCUUGGGUUCGGGCCAUCGUGCAUGAAGACUGGCGAUGUUGUUGUUGUUCUUGCCGGGGCUGAUGUGCCGCUCGUCAUUCGCCGCAAAGACGAAAGUGGCGACUUUCUGUUGGUGGGGGAGGCAUAUGUCGAUGGACUCAUGUUUGGAGAGCUGUUUGAGCACUGCCCGGCGUUCGAGGAUAAUGACGAGGAGUAUGGUAUCAGGAUGCAGCGGUUUUGCUUUUGUUAACGGGUUUGAGGCUAGAGUGGGUAGAAGGGGUUGCAUGCGGACCAAGGGGUAGCAGAACAACAAGCACGUUUAAGAAGAUCAGAAUAUCAUCAUCAAGCAGCGUGUACAGUUAAUAGCCGCUGGCUUAUCUACCAUCGACGUUAAGCCUACCAGUCUGACCUUUGACAGCAACAAGGCAGUUACGGGUAACUGUCUAAGAAACGAAGCCCGAGUGACUGUCAAGGAAAUCCAGAGAACACCAACCACCCAGGAACGAUCAAACAAAUGACACCUGGUCAGCACCACUCACAUGGCAUUAGAGAGUGCAGUCACAAUGCAGACACCAUCUUAGAAACCAAGACUUGUGGGACUCGCGAUAGUAGAGUCGGUGGGAAAACGUGCUUGGAAUGUUGUGUGUGG